GUGAGAGCCUGGCAAGCAGGGCUGAUGCUGGCAGGAGCCCUUAGCAGCACCAGGAGCGAGCGACAGCCAGAGCAGGUGCUGGGGGCCCCGAUAAAGCUUCUGGCCACACUUGAUUCCCAGCCUGCAGAAGGAACCCAAGCACCAUGACUCUGGCCGCGUACAAAGAGAAGAUGAAGGAGCUCCCCCUCAUGUCCUUGUUCUGCUCCUGCUUUUUGGCUGACCCCUUGAACAAACCACCGUAUAAAUACGAAGCAGACACCGUAGAUCUCACCUGGUGCGUAAUUUCGGACAUGGAAGUCAUCGAGCUGAACAAGCGCACCUCAGGCCAGUCCUUCGAGGUGAUCCUAAAGCCGCCGUCCUUCGACGGGAUCCCUGAGUUCAACGCCUCCCUGCCCCGGCGACGCGACCCCUCCCUGGAGGAGAUCCAGAAGAAGCUGGAGGCGGCUGAGGAGCGGCGGAAGUACCAGGAAGCGGAGCUCCUGAAGCACCUGGCAGAGAAGCGGGAGCACGGGCGGGAAGUCAUCCAGAAAGCCAUCGAGGAGAACAACAACUUCAUCAAGGCGGCCAAGGAGAAGCUGACGCAGAAGAUGGAGUCCAACAAGGAGAACCGGGAGGCCCACUUAGCCGCCAUGCUGGAACGCCUGCAGGAGAAGGACAAACAUGCGGAAGAAGUGCGGAAAAACAAGGAGCUCAAGGAAGAAGCCUCCAGGUAGAGAGGCCAGGACGGUGGCGGUUUGGACUGACAGCACCAGUGAAGCUUUGCGACCGAUGAUGGGGAGUUCCUCUGCUUGCUUUGUUUGUGAAUGUAAAGAAUUGACCAGUGAAGCCAUCCUAUUUGUUUUGGGGGAGGGAGGGGAGAUGGGGA